CAGGUAUUGGUGUUUGUUCACAUACUUCUCCACAUUAUCUGUAAAUAAGAUUUCAUUUCUAACCUACAUAGACUUACUUCUGCAACACAUGUGAGUAAUACUAUCGGCUUUAUCUACUUUAAUCCGUUUUUAAUUUGAAGUUGACUUUUUAAAACUAAAUCUCUGUUACCUUUUGCUGUUGAUGUCGAAUUGUCCAUUUAAAAAUGUCUAGAAAAUCCUACAGUCUUACGAGCAUCAAAGCUUUUUAUAUUCUUGUAAUAUUCUCUGUUGUUCUUGUUAGUUUAGCCAUGACCUACGGAUAUUUUGCGAAUAGUUAUUUAAUUCGCGAGAAAGUGAACCGAAUGUAUAAAUUGUCGAGUGGUCAGGACUUUAAAGGCAAAAUUAGUAUGAAUCGUGUGAAAUAUUUUGAUAGAGAAGCACAUAGACGAGAUAAAUAUAUUGAAUUGAAACGUAAGAUUGAAGAAGGAAAAGUUACGCCUUUCGCAAAACCUCUGAAGCGAUCAUGGGCCGACGAGAAAAGAAUGGGUUUUCUGUCGGAAUCUGGACAAAAUAAAACAAUCAUAUUCCCGACUUCGAAGACUAACAAGAACGAUACGUGGAGAUCGUUUUAUAAAAAAGACAAGACGAAACCUCUGAAAUUUCCCUUAAAAUUUGGAGAGCAGAAUAAUAAAAGUAAUAACACUGGGAAAUCAUUGAUGUUUCCUUCAAAGAGUAACAUGGAGAAAUCACAAAAAAUACCCUUGAAAUUUGGAGAGCAGUGGAAAGUUAAGAGGUUUCCCUCACAGUUUAAAAAAAAUAACACUAGGAAAUCAUUAAUAUUUCCUUCAAAGGGUAACUAUAACAUGAAGAAAUACCGAAAUGCACCCUUGAAAUUUGGAGAGCAGAAGAAACUGAAGAGGUUUCCUUCACAGUUUAAAAGAAAUAACAUUAGGAAAUCAUUAAUAUUUCCUUUGAAGGGUAACAUGAAGAAAUAUCAAAAAGCACCCUUGAAAUUUGGAGAGCAGUGGAAAGUUAAGAAGGUUCCUUCACAGUAUAAAAGAAAUAACACUGGGAAAUCAUUAAUAUUUCCUUUAAAGGGUAACAUGAAGAAAUAUCAAAAAGCACCCUUGAAGCAGAAUAAUAUAUGGAAAGUUCAAAAGCUUCCUUCACAGUUUAAAAGGAAUAAUACUAGAAAAUCAUUAGUUUUUCCUUCAAAGGUUAAUUAUGAUAUGAAGAAAUCUCAGAAAUCACCAUUGAAAUUUGGAGAGUUGAAUAAAUGGAAGUUCAAUGUAUUUUCUUCAAAGUUUGGUAUGAAUAAAACAGGGAAACCCCUAGAAUUUCCUUCAAAAAUUAAACAAGAUAUUUUAUAUCAUAAGUAAUAUUGGGAAAGUCUUGAUAUUUUCUUUGAAGUUUGUACAGAAUAGCUAGAAGGAUAUAUCACUCCAAGCAGUGAAAUAUUCGACUUUUUCUUCAGAGAAUUUUCACACUUUCCUAUCAUAGCUCUCGCAAUUUGGAAAGAACAUAAAAAUUCUUGGGGUUUUUCAUCAAUCCAUGGUCAAAAAAACAUUCUACACAAUGCUUCAAGCGGACUGCAAUCCUCUCCUAUUCUACUUAAUAGUUACAAUGUAAAAUAUUUUAAUUCUCUUAACUCAUGAGGAAAACAAAUUUGAUAUCAAUUUCUAUGGUAAAAUCUUUUGAUUUAUUAUUAUUGGAUUAACACCAAUAGUAGGUUUCUUUAGAUGCAAGAGGGACUUUUGCAGGAAAGAGAAAGUCAAUUUCAUUUCCCCACAUAUAUUGGUCUUUAUCUUAAUGAUCUCAGCAGGUAAAAAGAAAAGUCAACUCCGACAAGAUUUCAACUCAGAACGGUAGAAUAGUGAAAUGAAUACUGGAAGAAUAUUAAUUGACCUUCGAAGAAAAAUUUUUUCGUAUGCAGAAAAAAAAAAUUUUAAUUCCUCAUGGCUCAAUGAAUGCAUGUUCAUAUUUUAAUCCGUUCCACUUUAAUCCGUUUUGAAUUUACUUUCUUUUCAAAGAUUUCUUCUUCAGUUUUAAAGAAAAUAUAUCGAGCAUUCUCAUCUAUUUCUCUUCAAACUGAAAUCACAAGGAAUAAGGUAUCAGAAAGAAAUGAAAAAUGAUAUGAGCUUGUAUAAGGACUAGGGGAAAAUAUUUAUUACUGGACACUUUUCUUGUUGCAAGAAUAAAACAAGCUAAUAAACAUGUUCUCUACUUCCAUGAAAAAGUUAUAAUAGUAGGUACCUAUAAAUUAUAGGCUCUGUAAGUUAGUUACUCUUUAUUGAAAAUAUAUUAACACAUAAUGCUGUAAUUUAUCAACUACAUUAAAAAGGAACAUUGCAACUAAAUUGCUGAUCCAACAUACAAAUGAGUUGUCUUCACUAAUUUGUAUUUUCUAGCUGACAUUUACACAUUCUAAUUGUGUUCUUUGUUCGGACAACAAAUGAAAUUUGAAAUAUAUUCAAAAUGAGAAUGAUAACAUCAAAAUUCAUUCUUAAUGGAUGAAAAAACUUUUCCAGACCACAUGGAUUACAUAAGGAUGAAUGACAGAAUGGAUUAUAUGACAACUAGCUUGUGAUUGCCAAAGUAUGGAUUAUAAGACAAGUAACGUAUGGAAUUUAUGGUCAUCAAAAUGUGGAAGAUGUGACUUUUAAAAAAAUACUUUGUUUAACUUUUAUGGAUGUCAAUUAAAAAGCUGUUACAAGUAAAGUUUU